AAUAACUUUAAUUUCAGCAGCUUCCUCUAGAAAUUUCACUCAAUAGUUAUUGUUUGUUACCUACAUAAAUUCUGGGGUGAAAAUUGUACAAGUGUUAAGCCGAUGAAAGUGCCGAAGAUUCCCGAUUGGGUUUCCAGCCUGUCCCUGAACCAGGCGGUCCAGUCCAUCUUGGGGGAGGAACACCAUAAUCUGACGGUUAUUCCAAGCGUCCACCUCAUCCAGUUUCGCAACUGCACGGUCCUUCUUCCCAUCCGGGUGAAGGUCCAGUUGCCGGACUUCACGGUCAGGAAGUUAUCCUUUGUGCUGAAAGCCACACAUGGCAGCGACUUUCAAGCCAGGUUAAUGAGUCAGCUGAAGCUGUUCCUCCGGGAACACCAGGUCUACCACAAUGUCCUGCCCAAGCUGGAGCGGCUCUACAGGGAGGUGGGCAAGGAGAUAUCCUUUGGCCCGAGGGCUUUUAAGCUGGACCACAACAUCGGUGUUCAGUACAUCCUCAUGGAGGAUCUCAAGUCCCAGGGUUACAGAAAUGUGGAGCGGCAAGAAGGAUUCAAUGGAGAGUGCCUGAAGCAAGUGCUCAAGAAACUGGCCCAACUCCAUGCAGCCUCAGUCGUAUAUGUCGAAAAGCAUGGAGCUUUCAGUAAUCUUCUAGCCAAAGGAGUCUAUACCAAGGCCAAUCGAUCCGUUCUACGGGAGCUAAACGAUCCGGAAAUAUUUCUUUCGCAGUUGCGACGAUGGCGCAUGGGCGACCAUUUCCACAAGCGGUUCGUGGAGAAGGAGCAGGACCUCGUCGACAGGUUAUUGGAGCUCCACGAGCCCGAUCCCAAUCAGUUCAAUGUCCUUAAUCACUGCGACUGCUGGGUGAACAAUGUGAUGUUCAAGCCAGGAGACGUCGGUCAUGUGCAAGACGCCGCCCUGCUCGACUUCCAGGUGGUCAAAUAUGGAUCUCCGUCCAUCGAUCUGUACUACACCAUCCUCUCAUCAGCCGAGAAGGACAUUAAGUUGCUUCAGUUCGAUGACAUGGUCCAGUAUUACUUCUACCAUUUGCUGGAUAACCUCAAAGUUUUGAACUUUCAAGGCACUUUGCCGCAGCUACACGAUCUUCGCGAAGCUCUUAAUAGAAACGGCCUGGCAGCCUAUGUGGUGGUUACUCGCGCUCUGCCCAUUGCGAUGAUGAAUCAGUUUGAGGACGAGGUCAACGAACGAUACGCCUCCAAAAUGAAGUGUGCCAUGUUCACCAACCGAAAAUACAUUCAGGCGAUGAAGGAAAUCUUGCCCUGGAUGGAGGAGCGAUUGCUGCUCAAUUAGGACUAAAUUAAUGGAUGAUAUAUUCGAAACUACAAUAAAAUUAAUUAACUUGUACCUUA